AUGGCCGACAAUCUUCCCCAGUGCCGCCGGCGCAAAGUCCGGUGCGACCGCUUGUCCCCGUGCACCACAUGCGUCCAGGCCGGCAACCGAGAGUGCUCCUACGCUACUCUCCCCAGCCGGCCCCUUUCCACCAUGAGUGGUGGCAGUGGCGGCGGCGGCUCGAACUCGGCCGUGUCCCUUGGCGGUGCGCCCACCACUGCCUCGUCUUCGUGCUCUUCCUCCUCCAUCUCCGCGCCCUCCGGUCCGGGCUCCACUCCCAUCUUCCUACCGCGGCGUCCGGCGCCCGGUAGAACCGACUCUACUCAGCUGAGUCCGGAGAUGGCUGCGGCGCUGCCCGUUGGCGGAGGCGGAGGCGGAGGCGGUGGCGGUGGCGGUGGAGGGUGGGGGCCGAGGACGUCGUCGCGGGAUCUGUUUGGGCGCGACAAUAUCUGGGUCGAUAACGCGGAUGUGGAGAGCGGGGGUUGGACCCCGGGUUCUCGUGGACCGAAUCAGGCAGCUGGAGUGGCAGGUGGAAUCGCUGAGCGCGGGGAGGGGUGCCUCGAGCGGGUCGUCGGCGGGUCGGUCGUUCAAGGAUGGGCCGGUGCCGAUGAGGGGAUGCUGCAGAAGACGAGGUUCUUGGGGCCUAGCCACUGGAUCCAUGCGUCUGUGCUGUUCCACUUUAUCAUCGGCCUAGCCAUGCGCUCCGAAAGCGCGCGAGCCAAAUUUCGCAUCACUCUCGGCGAGUGCAAGGCUCUCGCCCGCGCCAUCAAGCGCCGCCGCAUGCCCGUCCUGUCGACCAACGAUCUAGGAAACUCCCUAGCCAACCGUGCCGUUGCCGACGGCCUCAUCGACAUUUACUUUUCCACCAUGGAGGGGACGUACCGCAUCUUGCACGUCCCAUCGUUCCGCGCCGAGUACGAGCGCUAUUGGCGCGACGGGGGCCUAGGAGGCCCCAACUGUGGUGGCAGAGCGGGCGGCAUGGCCUUCCGAAUGCAGAUGCAGCUCUGCGCCGCCAUCGGGGCGAGCAUGGCCGACGACCGGUUCUCCUUGCGGGAGGCGGCGAUGCGGUGGACCUACGAGGCGCGCAUAUGGCUCCUCAUGCCGCCCGAGAAAGCCACCAUCAGCAUGGCCGGGGUACAAAUCAUGUGUCUGCUGCAGCUCGCGCGCCAGGCGUGCGGCAUGCGCCGGCGGGUGUGGGCGACCAUUCUCGAGAUGGUGGUGCAGACCAGCAUCGACUCGGGCGGACCGCCCCUCCUCUCGCUCGACGACUACGAUACGGAACCGCCCUCGAACCUCGAUGACGACAGUCUCUCCGACGACCUCUUCCCCACCGUGGCGUACGGCUCGAGCGCGGGCGACGCCGACCGCGAGACCGAGCCGUCCGAGCGCGGCGGAGACGCGGCGGCGCACACGCAAACCUCCCUCCAGCUCCUCCUGCUCCGCCACUUUCCCAUCCGGCUCGCGGUCGCCAAGAUGGUCAACGGCGCGGGCUCCCGGCCCGGCUUCGAGGAGACGUUGCGCCUCAACGCCGAGCUCACGGCCUCGUGCCACGCCAUCUCCCGCGCGCUCACGCGCCUCGUCGCCACCACGGCGUCCUCGCCCUCGGCCGCCGUCACGGUUUUUCAUCAGCGGUACGUGGAGAUGCUGACCUACCGCUUCGUCGUGGCGCUGCACUACCCGCUCCUGCCCGUGGCGUUCGAGAACCCGGCCUACUACUUUUCGCGCAAGAUGCUCGUCGAGUCGGCGCGCCGGCUCGGCGCCCUGAUGGCGCGGGCCCCGGACGACGGGGAUGCGACGACGACGACUCCUCCCACGCCCGGGUCCGUCUACUUUGCCAACUUUGCGACGUGCGCGUCCGGGUCGACGCGCGCGAUCCUCAUGCAGAGCGUCAUGCUGAUGGGCCACGAGCUGCUGACGGCGCAGCGGGAGGCGGCGCAGGGUCCGCUGGGCGAAGGGGGUCUGCAGCAAGGCGCGCCCGCGUCGCCGGGGGCCGGAGGCGUGGCGCUCGCGGCGGCGGACCCGGGUAUGAAGGCGGCGAUGAAGGAGGCUGGGGCGUGGAUGGCCAAGAGGAUCCGGGCCGGGGAGACGAAUGUCAAGGCGAUGCUGUUUUGCACGGCGCUGCUGAGCCAGGUGGAGGCGGGGGAGGAAGGGGUGGCGGCGGCGGAGCUGGAAGGGUGGAUGAUGGAGAGGAUGAAGGUGGGCGUGGAGAAGGCGUACGAGCUCAUGAAGGAGUCGGCGAGGUACUGUGGUGUGGAUGUCGGCGAUGGGCCGGCGGCGGAGGGUGGUGGUGCGGGGGUGAGGCGGGGGUGGAGGAGGCCGAGGUGCCUGUUGGCGAGCAGGAACAACUUCCUCAGGGCGUGCUUGGGGGUUGAGGUGGGGGAUGGGGGUUGGGAUAUGAGCAUGGCUAUGGAUGGGCAGAGUGAUCCGUUUGAUGUGAUGAAUUGGGAGGUUGAGUGGGAUGACGAUAUGAUCAACUUUCUGUAA